ACAUAUUAUAUAUAUUUAUUUGGUCAUAUUAAUGCAGCUAAUUUACUAAAAGAAAACAUUUCUUACAUAGAAUAUAUUCAUUGUAUUUUAUCAACUAUACUCCUACUAUUUUAUAUACCAUGCGUUUAUGUUAUUAUAAAAAAAAAAUUAAUUUUAUAUAGUUGUUACAAAAUUAUUCUUUUUUUGUGCUUUAUUGAUAUUUUGGCUUUGAUUUAUGGAUUAUGUUGUUCAAUAUUUUCAAUAUUAAAAAUAAGUUAUUGUUUAGCUCCAAAAAUUCAUCUUUUUAUUGGUGCAUCUACAAUAACAUUAUGGGCAGGUAGUUGCUGUACAGCAAUGACAUUAGUAAUUAAUAGAUUAAUUGAUGCUUUUAAUCAACGUGUUCAUGCAUUUUUGUUUGAUGGAAACAAAACAUAUUUUUGGCUUCUAAUACCAAUAACUUAUAUGGUAUUUUUUUUUUUCUUUAACUCAUCAUCAAUUUUAAGUAUUAAACAUCAUGUAUUUUUUUUUGAUCCAUUUGUAGAUUAUUUAUCUCAUAAUAAUACAAUAGAUUAUAAUCAACUAGCUGGACCAGCAUUAAUUAUAAAUAAUUUAUAUUUUUUAAUUAUUUUAAUUAUAUUGAAUAUUAUUUAUAUAAUCAAACUUUAUUUUAAAACAAAAUCAUAUGGAAUGGAUAAAAAUACAUCAAAAUUAUUAAAAAAAGUUAAAUUUCAAGUAUUAUCAAUUUGUUUUAUAACAUAUUUUACAGCACUUUUAUAUAUUAGUAUACAAUAUUUAAAUGUUCCAGAAUUUAUAGUUUUUUUAACACAAUUUUCAUAUCUUUUUUGUCAUGGAAGCAGUGGAGUAAUAUAUUUAUUUUUUAAUUAUUCUAUCAAAGAAUAUUUUUUUAAAGUAAUAAAAAAGAAAAAGAGUAAUAUUUUGGAAAAAGUAUCUAAGAUUAAGACUGUAACUCACGUAACAAAAUUUGUUUCAUGUAAAAUAACUUUUAAUGGUAAAAUUUUUUUUCUAACUAUUGUAAAAAUAAAAUUAAAGUUUAAUUCUUAG